AUGGAUGAAGACAACAUCAGCAACAGACUUCACAGACUGGCUACCCACGAGUGGGCGAAGCAAUUCCUCGAACACUACGACAACACUGGUGUCGAAAGAUUGGCAUCAAGCUAUCGCAGUGAUCAGACAUGCACAUGGCAGCUGAAACGCAAUGGGUCAUUCAACUCUGUUCACAAGGUUCUAUUCGAGGAUGGAACAGCAUGGGCAGUCCGAUUUCCCAUUCCAGGUCGUGUCAUGCAUCCAUAUGAGAAGAUUUGUCGGGAAGUGGCCAUUAUGAAAUUCGUCAAGGAGAACACCACGAUACCUGUUCCGGCGGUCAUCGCUUUUGGUACCGCUGCAGAAAAUCAUGAUCCUGCCAUAGGUCCGUUUCUAGUAACGGAAUGGGUGGAAGGCAAACCAGUCACAGCAUUCCUUGAGAAACUUCCACGGCCAAGCUGGGGUCCUGUAUUACGAGAUGACAUCGAGGAGCAACAACUUCGUACAAUCUACAGCCAGAUGGCUAGCAUUCUUGUAGAGCUUGCGAAACACGACUUCGACAAGAUUGGCGCGCUGUGUGCGGACCAGAGUGCAGAAACGUCUUCCUGGUCCGUCAAGUCAAGACCAAUGACCCUGAGGGUAAACGACAUUCAAGCAGGCGGUAAUGUUGUCACAGACAAUCACAAUCUACCUGCCUUCGAGACCACCACAGAAUACAUGCAAAACCUCGUUCAACAGAACACAAUCCACCUAUACGAACAGAGAAACUCCAUCGAUGAUGGUGUCGAUGCUCGACGCAAGUUCAUUUUGCGCUGCCGCUUGAGGGAACUGGUGCCAUAUUUCGUCUCUGCAGAUUACAAUACCGCUCCAUUCAAACUAUUCUGUGAUGAUUUUCGCUUCGGCAACGUGUUGAUGGACGAGACGACUCUCAAGUUCACUGGCGUCAUCGACUGGGAAUGGGCAUAUACUGCUCCAUACCAAUUCUUAUUCUGCCCUCCCUCGUGGCUGAUGUUGUUGCGGCCAACCUUGUGGACUGAAAGCGACGAACAAGACUAUGCAAAGAAACUAGAGAUGUUCCUAGAGUGCCUAGAGGAGGAGGAAGAGAAAAGGCCCAGCGAAACAUUCCCUGAGCUUUCAAAAGACCACCGCAUGUCGAGCUUGAUGCGCAAGUCUUUCGAAGAUGGGACGUUUUGGUUCGUGCAACUUCUUUCAGAGGCCUUUGCCUUUGACGAGGAGGUCUUAUGGCUGAACCCCGAAAAAGUCCUUAGCAAAAGAGGAUUGUUAGAAGUGGGCGUACCCAGCGAAAGAUACAUUCAGGAAUUUGUGGAUAAGAAAGUGAAAGACUUGGAACGAUACCAUCAAGAUCUGCAACACUUGAUAGAUUGA